AAGAAUACUUUCCCCCGCCUUAUAGCAGGCUAAUGCUUACCUCUAGUUACCGAGAUAGUAUUAUUGUAUUCGCCUUACUCGUAACACUCUUAGUCGGCAGCUAUAUAUGCGUAAUAGCGGUUAUUCUCCUCUAUAUAGUUAGAUAGAGAGGCUAUUACUAGACCUAGCUAGGCUAUAAUCGAUAUAUCGUCCUUACUCUUAAUCUCUUACUCGUAGAUCUUUAGUAGAGUAGUGCGUUUUUUAUAAGCUAGUACUAGUACUAUAUCGGCAGUAUCUUAGUACCUUCGACACCUUGCUUCGUAUAAGUAUAGUUACUAUAUUCUAGGGAUAUAAGCAGUAGCUUCUUUAUACUAUUUAUCGCUAUAUAUAUAUAUAUAUUACUACCGUAUAUAGUAAGUAGCUAAGCGAUAGAACGUUUAUAAUAAUAAUAUUAGGGGUCUAGGUCUAGUUAUAUUUCCUUACUAGGAUUAGGAUUUAGAUCCGCGGACGGGAUUAAUACUUUAUAGCUACCGGUUUAUAGUAUUAGGUUUCGGCGAACUUCGAGGCCGAGUACUUAUAGUAUUAUUAUAUUUAGAUCUUUAUUAUUUAACUUAUUACGCUCGUCCUAUACGUAGGGACGUUCUUCUUACUAAGGAAGAAAACUAUAUAGUUAUUACUUUAAGGAGACUUACUCUCGUAUAGUAUAAUUGCUAAUACCCUUUAAACCGUAAACCGUAUUAUAUAGCUUAUAAUACUAUAUUCGAUUACGUAUAUUUUUUUAAUAUUACCUCUAUCCGCUAGCCGAAUAUAGAGUAUAAUUUAUAGAAGCAGACUAACUAGUUAUAUAUAUAGCUCUAUAGCCGGCUCGCUCCUAGUAUCUUAUAGAUAGAUAGAUACGCUAUUAUAUAUAUUAAUACGUAGUAGACUUCUACGAGAUACGAUA